UUUAUCUGAUAAUCAGUUAAAUUUGGUUUAUUUAUACGAAGCCAAUUCACAACAAAUAUCGUCUUGAGGUACUCUGCAGAGAAAGUGAUUUCAAUUCAAUCAUAUACCGAUUGUUAUUUGUAGUUUCCAUCCUACCCAGCAUAUUUCAUAGACUCGUUGACUUGCAGCAUUCACUCCUCCUGGACGAUGUAGCAACAGUGAACAGUCGCUUGUGUUGUUGACUUUACAGCAAUCCCGCAUACCGAGCAUGCAUGUAGUGACAGUGGAGAGGAAAAACUUCCAUGUAAUACGAGGAAACCUCCAGGAGAACCAGAAGAAGGAUGUGAGAAAAGGUCGUCAGUUUUUCCUCCAGUAACCUAAGCCUAUAGCAGUAUAACUACAGAGAUGGCUCAGGGUAAUCUAACUCAGCCUAUAAUCAGAAACAUUUAAGUGCCAAAAAAGCAAAAAUAACAUUUUCAAGGGACUGUACUGACAGCAUCUAAACAAGCAGCUUUUUGAUUAUAACUUCUUUGCAAGGUUACAGAAACUUUCAUGCAGUUUCGAAGUCAGUGGCAUUGAAUAAGUGGUUAUUGUGUCCCACGUAGGAUAUUCUCAAUCCGGUAGUAGGAAACAGCUGAAUGUGCAUAAAAUGUGAAUCUAGGGGCUUCUUGGUCACUUCCAGGCUUUAAGCCAGAGUACUGUUGCCAGAGUAUUGUCAGUGUACAGGUGAGCCUGGACCCUCUGAAGGCAAGGAGGAAACCAAAAUAACUCUAGUCUUUCUCACAAGCUUUCUGCAUUUUCAAAUUUUCUUUGGACAGUUCACAUUAGCUGCAAAGUGUUUCAAAAAUCAUGCUUCAAACAAACACAAUCCUCAUCCUUCAGAUACCGCUAACCCUCUCCAUUUUCCCCAAUUUCCUUUCCCGUCUCCCUGCUCACUUUUAGCCGGUCACAGAUCUCCCCAAGGACACGGGGUCUCCGGCAACCGAGGCAUGACCACUUUUCAAACAUUCUUUGUCACUGGUAAGUCAAGAGUUUCAGCUCGACAGCCACCUGAAAAUCACUUUUCGACAAAAACCUGAGGCGAUCCGGUUACGCCGCAAGAAUGAGUCAUUGUCCGGGCCUCACAAUCGCAGCUACCCAGAUGUCGCUGCCAGCAACCUUGAGAGUUCUUGUGCAGGAAGAAAAGAAGUCCGCCACAGUGAUUAGGCGAGCACUGCAACUGCACUGAUUUAAAAGGAUAAGUGGGUUCGUUCGACAAACAGCUCAGGUUUUAGCAGCACCUCAGUGAUUACGAGAGCUCUUUAGGCUAAAGCUUUCCUCUGGAUUCCAACCAACCACUGGUGAAUUGAGAUAAUGAGCUCCCUGUGCUAUGGUGCCAGUUUGCAAUUAUUGCACACUUUGUUGAGAAUAUUAGCUUGCAAGAUUAGGAUUAAGAAUUUUGUGGCUAUCUGAUUGUCCAAACCUACAUCUGAAGAAAGAAAAAAAAAGCCAUUGGGCUCUCUGUCUCAGACUCCUCUUUGCUUGGCUUUGUCCCACCUUAAGAGCCCGGACUGAAGGAAUGCCUCGCGUAUCGGGUGACCCAUUGCCCCGACGGCCUCUGCUCCUUGCCCAGAUCACGGGGAGGGAGUGCACCGGGCGGGCGCUGUAUUCCGUGUCACAAAAGCACCUUUCUACACAACAGGGACACAGAGAAUGGGCCACAGCACAGUGGUUCUUUUUGGGUCUCGGCCCACCAUAGUGGGAUUGCGGACCUCCCCUUUUUUGCUUUACCCACAAAAAACACCCCUAACCCCCAAUGAUGAGAUGUUCUUUCACCCAAGCCUGGCAGAGGUAACAGAAGGACCUGGAGCUCCUGGUGUGGCAGACGAAACAUCGCUAGAGAGGAUAAAUGACUUUACUACUCAUACACAUUUGGAUCCCAGUCAACAAUGAGGAUUAUAUCCUGCCAGUGGACUCUUGUGGCUGUAGCUGUGGUUUCAAUCACCGUGGCAUUCUGCACUAAGACCAAACCUACAGCGAAACCAAAGUACCCGUACACAAAGAAGCCCGCUCCACAUGUCACGCCGCACAACCCUGUCACUACCAGUGUCCCCAAGACUCUGAAGAUAGUGGUGACGCCAAACCCCGUGCAGCCUCAGCCGCAGCCGCCGCCUCCGCCGCAGCCCACCGCAGUGAGGACCACCUACGUGAACCACAACCUUCCACAGCACCACAGUGAAAACACUGAGCCCACAGGUGUUGGACCUGACAACUACACGCUAGACUACAACGAGUGCUACUUCAACUUCUGUGAAUGCUGUCCCCCCGAGAGGGGCCCCAGGGGGUCGAAGGGAGAAAGAGGAUCAGCAGGACUAGCUGGUGAUAUAGGACCUGCAGGACCACAGGGUAUACCCGGACCACCUGGCAUGAGCGGUCCAAUGGGCUUUAAAGGAGAUAAAGGGGAAAAAGGUGAGAGAGGACACCCUGGAACAUCAGGCCCACCAGGGAUUCCAGGAAAACCAGCACAAAAAGGUGAAGCUGGCCUCAAAGGAGAAAAGGGUGACGUAGGAUUUCAUGGUGUCAAAGGUGAACAAGGAGAAAAAGGAGACCAUGGCCAGAAUGGAACUGCUGGGGAGAAAGGGGAACCAGGACUGGAAGGGCCUGUUGGACCUCCAGGAACAGCUAUGGGUCAGGGUCCUAAAGGAGAAAAGGGAGAUAAAGGAGACUGUGGCAUAUUUGGGGAGAGAGGUCCUAAAGGUGACCGAGGGGAAACCGGGGCUCCGGGCAUUCAGGGUGCAAUGGGAAUUCCAGGAUUACAUGGCAAACAUGGCACCCCUGGACCUGUUGGCAUUAGAGGGGAUCCAGGACACCCCGGACCUCCAGGAGAGCCAGGAGUGUCAGGGCCUCAAGGGCCGCAAGGGAUACGAGGGAUGCCCGGGCCAAAAGGGGACAGAGGGUACCCUGGCAUCAGAGGUGAGCGGGGCUUUCGUGGAUUAAAAGGAGCAAAAGGUUCAGGAAUGCUUCAGAAACGCUCUGCCUUCAGUGUCGGCAUCUCUCCAAAGAAAUCCUUUCCUCCCUCUGGCUUCCCGAUCCGCUUUGACAAGAUAUUCUACAACGAAGAAAACCACUUCAAUAUGAGCUCCAACAGCUUCACAUGCGUCCACCCCGGGGUUUACGUCUUCUCCUUCCACAUCACCGUGCGGAACCAGCCUCUGCGAGCCACACUUGUGGUGAACGGGUUACGGAAAGUCAGGACACGGGACUCCCUAUACGGCCAGGACAUCGACCAGGCAUCCACUCUGGUGGUGCUGAGACUGGCAGCUGGAGAUCAGGUCUGGAUGGAGACAUUCAGAGACUGGAAUGGGGUUUACGCCAGCAGCGAGGACGACAGCAUCUUCUCCGGGUUCCUUCUGUACUCAGACAAAGCCUGAAGCCCCUUUCUGUUUGCGACACCGGCGACUUCUUUCUUCUGCUGAACUGUUACAACCUCACCACACGGGUGAAAUCACCAA